CAUCCAAAAUGACGGUGGGUCGUGGAAACUGGUGAUGGUAGACGACAACAAGACCAACGGCUUUGCCCCGCCCAUUUUCCAACACGUGCUGCGCUCCAACUACUUCCACACGUUCUUCCACGUGCUGGUACUGGUAGAUGCCAGUAUCGCUGCCAGCCUUGAGUUUGACCACCAUCUCAAGCUGCCACAGAACAAAUACGACAACAUUUACUACGCUGAGGUGGUGUUGACUGUGAUUUUUGCGCUGGAAGCUCUGUUCAAGAUCUGGUGUUUGGGGUUCAGAGGUUACCUCAAGAGGUCUCUUCAUGUCUUUGAGCUGGUGUUGGUGUUUGGCACUUCUCUUCACAUCAUUCCAGUCUUAUACCGCACACCUUUCACCUGUUUCCAGGUGAAGUAUAUCAACACUUUGCGAUAUCAUUUUUCUCCUUUUAUAUCCUUUACAUUACCUGUUUCCAGGUGAAGUAUAUCAACGCAU